AUCUCUGGUUGGAAAUUUACUUUAAUAUACGACAUACAUGCAAGUCGUCUGUUGAACGCUUGCGCUUCGGUCCUUUCGCAGUUUAAAUUGACGAUCCUACUGGGAGAUCAGCAGUACAAUCUCUGCCGUUUUACUCGUAUGUUUAUCGUCUAACACUCUUAAGUCGGGAACAUAACGAGUUGUGGAAAUAAUAUUACACUCAUGGAACUUAAUGAUUUUAUCAUAUUCGCUGUACUAAGAGCGUUUCAGUUGAAAUAAAAAGAAACCAUGUAAAAAAUGAGGGGAGGUAAAUCUUCGGUGCUUACAGCACCACUGCUGUUCAAUAGUAGUUGUUGGCAUCCACGCAUUUAUUCAAAUGGACUGGUACAUCGCAUAACCGUAUCAGGUGUCACAGAAAGUGCCCUUGUAUCGUUACUCACGUUAUCAAUAUUAAUUGCAAAUUUGGUGGUUAUAAUUACAAUAAAUAGUAGCAAAUAUGCAAAAUUUAUACAUCCACAGCCUCGGUAUCUGGUCACGUCUUUAGCGUGUAAUGAUCUGGCCAUUGGACUACUUGUUACACCUCUAGCUGCUUUUUCAGCUCUAGUUCAUUGUUGGCCAUACUCAGAAAUCGUAUGUCAAAUACAAGCUUUAUUGAGAGCUGCCUUGCCCCAACAAAAUGCCAUGAUAUUGGUAUUUAUGGCAGUUGAUCGGUACACAUGCAUGCUCCAUCCAGACAAAUAUCAUAAACACUCCAGCAAAAAAGGGUGUAUGUUAGUAUUAAGUCUUACUUUAAUGGGUUCACUAACCGCUUUUGGUGCUGUCGUUAUUCGCCGAGGAGGAUACUAUUACAACGGAAAUGGUUUGAUGGCAUGCGAACCUUUCUAUCAAAGACCAAGUUUGCGUAUACUGGCCGCUUGCCUAUUUUACUUUCCAACUACAAUGGCACUUAUGUAUUUUUAUGGUUCAGCUUUACACGUGGAUAGACUUAGGCAUAGGCAGCAAAUAAAUAUUUGUGCAAUUCUAGUGCAACCUAUGUUAACAAACAACAUAGCUACAAAGAAUUCCCUUAACGAAGCGUCCGAACAAGUAAGUUCCAAUGAAUUGAGACAAAGCAUACGAACGACAAGAACCAUGGGAGCUGUUGCAUUGUGCUUUAUCGUAGCUGUGACUCCUUGGACUAUCCAAGAAGUUGUCACGGCUUGUACUGGUAGUAAGAUGCCUCCUGCUGUGGAUUUCUUCAUAACAUGGAUAGCAAUGAGUAAUAGUUUUUGGAAUCCGUUUAUUUAUUGGUCACUCAAUAGAAAAUUUAGAGGAAUCAGUCGCAGCAUUAUAAAGACAAAAAUAUUUUGUCGAAAAAAAUAUAGUUCCAGUGUCAUAUCGUCUUCAUGCAACCUAGGACAUCAAGAGGGUUGUUGUGCUAAUGGUGAUAUGUGCUUUAUGACCCUACAAAAAGACAAUGAGGUCAUCAUUGAAGAAGACAGAGAAUCGACAGAGUCGCAGGAUAGAGGUGGAUUUCCUCCAACGCCUCCACCUCCACCACCUUAUCACAGGGCCAACUCACAACAUUGUCCAGCAAGAAAAUUUUAAAAAGAAAGUUUUUCAUCUUAGGAUACAGUAAAAAAAAUUGUAAAUAAAAAUGUAAAAAAUCAAUUUAUAAAAACCUGUAAUAUACAAAAAAAAUUAAAAAACAAAAUUAAUGUUAAAACUGUACUCAAUAAACUAAUAUUUUAAUAAUGAAAAUAUCUACGUAGGAGAUUAUAAAAUAACUGUGAUUUUUUUAUACGAGUACAAUUUUUCUACUUCAUUUAUUAAACCUUAAUUUAGACAUAUAACUCGAAAACAUCUAGCAUUUCCAAAGGUUUAUAAAAAUAAAAUAAACACAAUCAAUCUUUGGAUUAUUCCAAAAGCCAUAUCAACUCAUAUUUCCUUAAUUAUAAUCUGAUUACUAGUUUUAAGUAUUAUAAUUACAGUACAUAU